GAUUCAAUGCAUACAAUGGCGGAAGAGAUCAAUGAUUUGAGACAACAAUUGUGUUCAGAAAAGAGUAAUCAAGAAGUGGUCACAGAUUUGAGUGAAUUGUCGACAAAAAACAGUGCUUUAAGUGAAGAGAUGUCGGCUUUGAAAGCGAGGAAUGAGUCCGAAGUGAAGACAUUAAAAGCAGAGCUGAAGACAGCCAUGGAUUCAAUGGAGACAAUGAUUACCGAAAAUAAUAAUUUGAAACAAACGGUGUAUUCGUUGUCACAAAUGAUUUCUUAUAACAUGAGUAAUCAAAAUAUGGCCACAGAUUUAAAGCACAAAUUGAGUGAAAUGUCGACAAAAAACACUGAAUUAAGUGAAGAGUUGUCGGCAUUGAAGACAUCGAAACAUAUCAUUGAAUCCGAUGUCAAACAAUUGGCUCAAGAAAUCAAUGCUUUAAAUAUAAGGCAUUCAGUGAGUGAUUCGUCGUCCAGUUGUUCAUCGAUCGGAUCCCACAAUCAAUUGACCACUAAUUCAGACAAAACCAGAGAUGAGAUCAAUGGUUGCCAAUCAGUGUUGAAGAAACUUCUGACGUCUCCACGUCUUAGCCAUAGCAGGGAAUCACUGCCAGAGCUAUUCAAAUAGACUUGCAGUAAAUUCAAUGAUUUUUACAUUAUUGAUAAUGAAUCUUUUGGUAACGAAUGUAACUCAAUAAUGAUUAAUACAAAUUAUUAUGUCUUAUUAGCAC